AGACGCACGGACUUCACGGGUUGCAACGUGAGGCGCACAACUUUUUGACAGAGGUUUGCUUCUCCAUUCAUUGGGAGUGAAAGCUGUACAUCACAAGCUGGGGUCGACUCACAGUCAGCGGAGUGGACUGUCGAGCGUCUCUCACACUCCAAGAGGAAGCAACAAGUGGCAUCUGCGGAAGGUCCGAGCGCAUCCUCGCGCGUGGAGAGACUUGGAGUUGAAUACGAGGGAGGCGAGACGCUUCCCCGUACGUGUCCACUGCAUGUCCACGGGACAUCCGUGGAUGCGGGGAGAUGGAUUAACAGUCCACCGUUUUUCUGUGUCCUUGGAGACCCUCCGUGCUGAGGAUUACCCUGCGAGUGCCGAGAUGACCAGGGAAUAUGUGUCACGCUGCGCCUUGAUGCUCUGCUUUGCGCUGCUCUCGGCCAACGCCAGCAACUGGCUGUACCUUGCCAAACUCUCUUCAGUUGGAAGCAUCAGGGAUGAGGAGACAUGUGAGAGGUUAAGAGGCUUAAUACAAAGACAGGUGCAGAUAUGUAAACGCAGUGUGGAGGUGAUGGAUGCAGUGAGGCGUGGUGCUCAGCUGGCCAUCGAUGAGUGUCAGUACCAGUUCCGUAACCGCAGGUGGAACUGCUCCACCUUGGAGAGUAUGCCCGUGUUCGGCAAAGUGGUGACACAGGGCACUCGAGAGGCAGCCUUUGUGUAUGCCAUCUCAGCAGCCAGUGUGGCGUUUGCGGUCACCCGGGCCUGCAGCAGCGGGGAGCUGGAAAAAUGUGGCUGUGACCACAAUGUGCAUGGAGUCAGUCCAGAGGGGUUCCAGUGGUCCGGCUGCAGUGACAACAUCGCCUAUGGAGUGGCAUUCUCACAAUCCUUUGUGGAUGUGAGGGAGAGGGGCAAAGGCCAGUCUUCCAAUCGGGCACUCAUGAACCUGCACAACAAUGAGGCUGGCAGGAAGGCCAUCCUAUCACACAUGCGAGUGGAGUGCAAAUGCCACGGUGUGUCAGGCUCCUGUGAGGUGAAGACCUGCUGGAAAGCCAUGCCUCCAUUCCGAAAAGUGGGCAACAUCAUCAAGGAGAAGUUUGAUGGUGCCACUGAGGUGGAGCAACGCAAGGUGGGCUCUACCAAAGUCCUGGUGCCACGGAACUCCCAGUUCAAACCUCACACAGACGAAGACUUGGUCUACCUAGACCCCAGUCCGGACUUCUGCGACUAUGACCCACGGACACCAGGCAUGCUGGGUACUGUAGGCCGCCAGUGCAACCGAACAUCCAAAGCCAUUGAUGGCUGUGAACUCAUGUGCUGUGGGCGGGGCUUCCAGACUCAGGAGGUGGAAGUGGUGGACAGGUGCAGUUGUAAGUUCCACUGGUGCUGCUAUGUCAAAUGUAAACAGUGUCGCAAAACGGUGGAAAUGCACACUUGUCGGUGAUAGACAAAGACAAUAUUUGGGAGCAAACCAAACGCCACAUAGCCCCGCCUCUUUAGGGCCAGAGCGCGCGGAGAGCAUGUGUGAAGCCACCCCCCUCCCACCUGCCGUAGGUCUACUCAGACUGGACCAGAUUGGACCAGCCUACUACCAUGCCUGGAACCGUACCGUCUGCAUGUGGUUUGUCUGAUUCAACUUGGACAACAUUGUUUCUCCUGAACUUCAUUCAUGUUGUGUCUUCUCCACUACUCUCACUUGGCGUUUCAUUGUUGAUGCUUCAUAUUUUUGUAUUGUUUAACUUAUUUGUGGAGAGUGAAGAAGGACACAGACACAAGGCCCUGAUAACAGAUAGACAGAACAUGUGGGGGGGUAUCUGAGAGGAGGGGCUGUUGCCCUCUCUGUACUUGCUGCUGCUUUGAGACACUAUGAGAAAGAUGUCCAAAAGGGAAAACUGAGUCUGAACUGAAUCAGGCUUAGGCGACAAGGAGCAAUUAUCGCACAGGAACUAAAUGCGGUUUGCUUCCAGUUUCAUGACUGACUGAUGAAUGAUUUUGAAAAAAUGUGUUUUUGUGUUGUCCCAUUUGUUGCCCUAAUGCUGCUCCACUUUUUUCUUACAAAUACACAGAUACACACACACCCACACACCCCCACACACACGCACACACACACACACACACACACACACGGUUGACACUUGUCUAUUUUCAGAACUUCAAUUAGAUCUCCAGAUUCCAAAGUUUGCUGGAUCUUCCAAUUAAAUAUUAAUUAAAUAGCAAAUUAAACAGCUUUGAUAAGAGGUUGUCUUCCGUAGUAAAUUUAACAAGUAUUCUGAUACGUCAAAUACUGACAUGAGUCCAUAAUUAACAUUAUUUCCUUGACAGUAGGUGGUAAAUUAGUUCAUUUUAGUCAUCCAUAGUAUAAAUUGCACAGUAUAUGCUAUAUGCACAAUUAUAGUUGUCUAAAAGGUCACUGACUGGGUACAACUUGGGCAUAGGCCAUUCUUCACAGAGCUUACAGACAGACACACACUGAGAGACAACUAUCAAUUAUUGCGUUGUAAUCAAUAUACUGUACAUGCAUUUGACAGUAGAAUGAAGGUAGGGUGACCACCUCUCCCUCUUUUAGUUGUCCUACACAGACAUUUAGAUCACUGUCCAUUGUCUCACUUAUUUGGAUAAUGUCCCAUCUUUUCAGUGAUGCCAAACAAAUUAUAUAAAAAGUGACAUUUACAUAGAAAACAGAUUUUUUUUUAUUCUUGCAAAGAAAUCAAGACUUUUGGGUGCACUGGGUUUGAUUGUAAUAUGUUGGCAUUUACUAUUGUAAUCCCAAUAUCUUUGGGUUACAAUUGAUAAAAAUCAUAUGGGGCUAUUGAAGUUAUUUGUGAGCUUAAAAUUCCCGUCUCUCGUUUUCUGCAAUUUGAAGUGGUCACCCUAUGAAGGAGGAUUCAGUUUCUUCACUAAGAUUAGAAAAGAAAAGAAAAUAUUACAUUUAAACUCUUUUAUUAUACUGUACUGAGAACAUUGAUGAAUUUGGCAGCCCUUAACUAUUACAUACUAUAUUUCUGUGACCCUGUAGCAUGGCUUGAUCCGUCCACUUUCCAGGCUUAGGAGGCUCACAGCUAACAGCAGUAAACACAAACAUGCAUGAGUCCAGGGGGUCGGUCAGAGGAGUACCAGCAUGACGACUGAAGCACUUUGUCUCCAAGCGCACAUACAGUAACACACAAACACACACACAGACACACUUGUGCCACUAUCGGGACUGCAUUGUUUUCUGAGCUAACCUGUACAGCCAUCAUUAAACCAUUGUACCAUUAUAGAGUCAUACUGUAGAUCUGUAUACACUGAAGACUAUACUGCCUAUGAAUGUACGUUGAUCUGGAAUAUACUAUGCUGUGUCAAGAA